GCCAUGGUUCUCAGGCGGCUCGAGGAGGGGGUGCCCCGGGAGGAGGAGGCCAUGGUUCUACUCUAGGAGGAGGACGCCGCGGUUCUUCUCCGGGAGGAGGAGGCCAUGGAUCAUCGCCAGGAGGAGGCCAAGCCUCGGUGGGAGGAGCCGAAGCCACAGCGGGAGGAGUCCAAGCCGCGCCCGGAGGAGCCCAAGCCACGUCUGGAGGAGUUCCCCUGGAGCACAGCGUGCCGGGAGCUCCAACUACUUUGAGAACCAUGGCGGUGAGUUUACAUUUCUUAGGUUGCAUGCAUGCAUGAGUGAUUGAGAGCUCCCGGCCGGGUCAUGAAGAAGAGGGAGAUGACAGCGUCCCCGAUCUGGAACAAGACCCGGAUGCUCACAUGGAGGAGCUCCACCACGAGGCUGUCCAGUUUGUGGAUACCUCGGGUUUUGCUGCACCUGCUGCUGCGAAGAGAACCCGGGGAAAGAACUGGAACCAUGCUGAGACCAUGGUCCUGAUUGAUCUCGUUCGGGAAAAACAUCUCGCGAAGAUUGCGGGGGAGGGAGGAGCAGCCAGCAUGUUCUCAUGACGAAGACACAGCGCUGGAAUCUCAUCUUUCACCCUUUUGCUUUAGGGUUUAACUCUUUUCUUCAAUUAGGUUUUGUUGCUUGCUGUGCAAGCUAUUGCGGAUGACAAGAGCCCCGGUCUCCAAGUGCUGCCUGAGGAAGAAGACUGAACUUGAGGUUCGUCGGGCUGUGAUUGGGAGGAGGUUUUGCAUCGGCCUGUGGUGGGUGAAGCCUUGAAUGUCACCACCUGGAGUAAGUUUUCUUUGGAGUAUUACGAUGUGGGGAGGUGGAAGAGGAAACUUCAGAUGGAGAAGAGGACCUUCUUCACCAUUUGUGGCAUGCUGGAGAGUGAGAUCCGGAAGCAAGAUACCGGUUGGAGGAGUGUGGUGCCGGUGGAUGUUCGACUGUGGGUAACUUUGUACAAGCUUUUCAAGAACACAGAUUACUUGGAUCUGGCAGACAAGUUCGGCAUUGGGGAGUCCACAGCUCAUGAGAUUGUCAUGGACACUACUGUGGCAAUUGUCAAGUGUCUCAGGUACAAGAUUCAUUUUCCUUCAACCGCCAAUGAGGUUCAAGCUGUUACUGCUGGCUUUCGACAAGUGACAGACUGGACGGCGAGAGCUACUACGACUGGAAGCAGCGGUACUCGGUCAUCUUGCAAGGGGUUUGUGAUGCCCAGAAGAGGUUGCUCAGUGUCUAUGCUGGUGGCCAGGAUGGUUCUAAAAUGUUCUUUUUGCUCGUCCACGACAAGAGGGUUUUUCGUAAUUCAACCCUCAGGAACAAGAUUGUAGCAAGGGAGCUGCUGACAUCACCCGCGGUGUUAGCAUAUGGUGAUAGGAUCAAGCCAUACCUAGUGGGGGACAAAGGGUACCAACUCCAGCAGCAUCUGAUGAUUCCACACACAACUCCGAACCCGACACCAUCCAAGGCAGCUUUCAACCUUCAUCACCACCUUGCUCGGAUUGUUAUUGAGCAAGCAUUUGGACUUCUUAAAAUGAAGUUCAGAUGCUUGGAUCAAAAACAAAGGAUCCAGCCAAAGUACCUUCCCAACAUCAUCAAGAGUUGUUGCAUCUUGCACAAUUUCUUGAUUGAUGUUGGGGAGACUGAUCUUCAGGUGGAGAUCCAAGCUUGGAGGAAAGAGGUGAAAAGGCUCAAGGACCAGGACCUCUUUGUCGAUUACGGUGAUCCCGAGCAAGCGGAAGGGGAACCUUGUGAGGAGUUGCACAGUCCAGAGGAUGCGAAAGAGGUUAGAGAGAACCUCACGUUUUCCCUCUGUCUUUGCCAGUGGCGUUCGUGUUUGCUUUGAAAUUUGCCGGGAUAUAAUUCUAAACAUUUGAAUUUGAAUUAAGUGAAUUUUAAGUGUUCAAA